AUGGGUUCAGCCUUUAAGAGGUUCUGCAUGCAGUUAUGCUGCUGCUGCUGCUGCGCUGAUGAUGAAGACGAUGAAGAUGAAAAGCAGCCUUUAGUACCUCAGGAUCCGUUGGAGUACUUUAACCGUGAAGUGCAGAAGCGACGGGAUGAGGAGACCAACCUCUGGAGUACGCCGGGGGACCCCAGCCACUCGGAGAGAGAUGACGACCGGGCCCUGUACAGCCUGCUGCAGGCCAGAAACAAGACCCGCAUGGGAUCCUCGGGCUACCGUCGUCUGAGCGUUGACAUUGAGGCCAUGAGAGAUACCCGCCGAGAAGUCCGAGACAAAUGGCAGACAAUCCUGGAGAACUUAGGUUUCAUGGCGGAGGCGGAGUCGCUGCUGACGGUGUCUGCCGGAGCCUCACAUGACCGCAUGCGGAACGCCCCGGCAGCCCGCGCCAUGCUCAACACGCUCCACUCUGAGACGUCCAUCUUCAACUCCAGAGAGCCGCCGCCGGAGAGAUACCUGUUCAUCCUGGAUCGCCUGCUGUACCUCGAUAUAGCUGAAGAUUUUCUGGCCAAGGCGAAGCGCUUCUAUCCUCCAAAGGACGACUCCGACGAGGACACGCCGGGCCUUUCCAUAAACCUGCCGCUGCUGCUGGCCAGGGUGGAGGCCAUGAACGGAGGGGGCAAUGAGGACGACGAUGAGGACGAGAGCGACAGAGAAGAUGGAAACUUGAGUGACAGAUCCUAA